UGGGCUGCGGUCUGCGGGGGAGGGCGGGCUAAUUCGUGUCAGAUGGAGGGCGGCCGCGCGGGGCCCGCCACUCGCGCCUGGCUUUUGUUCCCUGCGUCUGACUUCUGACGGCUGGAGCUUUUGCAGAGCCCGCCUGAGACGCACGCGACUCGGGCCUGGCCCACUCAGGACUCGGAGCCGUCAGUGCCCCCCACGAUUGCCCGUGGAAGGGGGGCGAAUCGCAGAGGUAGCCAUGAGGUGGCGCGCGUUGGCCCCGGGCCCGCCUGCGAGGUUGGCGCGGGAGACCGGGGCGCGUGGGCGUCCGCACCAGCCAGAAGAAUUUACUACAUGUCCUCACAGUUUUAAGAAAAAGGACUUUAAAAAGCCCAGGGUCUGUGGAGUGUGCAGACAGACCAUUGCUGGUCAAGGGAUCGCUUGCCGAGCCUGCAAGUAUUCCUGCCACAAGAAAUGUGAAGCCCAGGUGCCGGUUCCCUGCUCUGUGCAAGUCCACCCGGGCCAGGCUCCCGAGAGUUCCACCCCACCUGCUGCACUCCACUGUGACAAGCCUUCAAGGCCCCUGGUCCUGAGUCCAGCCAUGGAGGACAGCCAUGAACUGGACCUUACCUAUGUCACAGAGCGUAUCAUCGCAGUGUCCUUCCCUGCCAGUUGCUCAGAGGAGUCUUACUUACACAGCCUGCAGGAAGUCACGCGCAUGCUCAAGUCUAAACAUGGAGACAACUACCUGGUACUAAAUCUUUCAGAGAAGAGAUAUGACCUUACAAAGCUCAAUCCAAAGAUAAUGGAUGUGGGCUGGCCUGAACUGCAUGCACCACCUCUUGACAAGAUGUGCACCAUUUGUAAAGCUCAGGAGUCCUGGCUGAACAGCGACCCCCAGCAUGUGGUCGUCAUCCACUGCAGGGGUGGUAAAGGACGCAUCGGAGUGGUCAUAUCAUCCUACAUGCACUUCACCAAUGUCUCAGCCAGUGCUGACCAGGCCCUGGACAGGUUUGCCAUGAAGAAGUUUUACGAUGAUAAAGUUUCAGCUUUAAUGGAGCCCUCCCAGAAGAGGUAUGUGCAGUUUCUCAGCGGGCUACUGUCCGGGGCGAUGAAGAUGAACGCCUCCCCCUUGUUCCUGCACUUCGUCAUCCUGCAUGGUGCUCCCAGCUUUGACACCGGAGGAGCGUGCAGGCCCUUUCUGAAGCUUUACCAAGCCAUGCAGCCCGUGUACACGUCCGGGAUCUACAACGUUGGCCCUGAAAACCCCAGCAGGAUCCGCAUUGCUAUAGAGCCGGCCCAGCUGCUAAAGGGUGACAUCAUGGUGAAGUGCUAUCAUAAGAAGUUCCGCUCGGCCACCCGCGAUGUCAUUUUCCGCCUGCAGUUUCACACUGGAGCUGUGCAGGGCUAUGGACUUCUCUUUGGGAAGGAGGAGCUGGACAGUGCCUGUAAAGAUGACCGCUUUCCUGACUACGGCAAGAUUGAAUUGGUCUUUUCAGCCACACCUGAGAAGAUUCAAGGAUCCGAGCAUCUCUACAGUGACCAGGGGGUGAUCGUGGACUACAACACAGCAGACCCGCUGAUUCGUUGGGACUCCUACGAGAACAUGAGUGCCGAUGGCGAAGUGCUGCACACACAGGGCCCAGUUGAUGGAAGCCUGUAUGCCAAGGUGAGGAAGAAGAGCGCCUCGGAUUCUGGCAUUCCUGGAAGCCCUCAGGGCAUGCCAGCGACCAGCAGUCCAGACCACGGUGAUCACACCCUGUCAGUCAGCAGUGACUCCGGCCACUCUACUGCCUCGGCCAGGACCGAUAAGACAGAAGAACGCCCGACCCCGGGUACACAGAGGGGCCUGAGCCCUCAGGAGAAGGCUGAGUUGGACCAGCUACUCAGCGGAUUUGGCCUGGAAGAAUCUUCGAGCUCCCACAAAGACAUGACUGACGUGCACAGCAAGUAUAGCGGGACGCGCCAUGUGGUGCCAGCCCAGGUCCACGUGAACGGAGGCACGGCCCUGAAGGACCGGGAGACGGACAUUCUGGAUGACGAGAUGCCCCACCACGAUCUGCACAGUGUGGACAGCCUGGGCACUCUCUCUUCCUCCGAAGGGCCCCAGUCAGCCCACCUGGGCCCCUUCACUUGCCUCAAGAGCAGCCAGAACUCCCUCCUGUCUGAUGGCUUUGGCAAUGGUGUUGGUGACGAUCACCAUGGUGCCCUUUCUCCAGACCUAGGUCUUGGUGUGGACUCUCUCUAUGAGCGGGAGCGGAUGUGUGGGGGCCGAGAGUCAAAGCAGCUGCAGCCCCUACUGAGAAAGCCUUCUGCACCCACUCCGCCACAGGCCUAUGGGCAAAGCAACUAUUCCACCCAGACCUGGGUGCGCCAGCAGCAGAUGGUGGCUGCUCAUCAGUACAGCUUUGCCCCAGAUGGGGAGGCCAGGCUGAGCAACCACAGUACAGUGGACGGUGCUAGCCUUGCCCAGCCCCAGCCCCACCUCCCGGUCACUCCAACUCGUGGAGCCAGCAGCAGAGUGGCUGUUCAGAGAGGCAUCAGCAACGGACCAAAUCCCCCCAACACACAGCCACUCUGUCCUGGUAAAGAGCUCCAGCCAAGAUUUCCAGAGGACAGAGGCAUGAACGGAGUCCAUCAGGAGCUGAACGCUGGUCAUUCCCCAGGCUCUCCGACUCUGGAUAUCGACCAGUCCAUUGAGCAACUUAACAGGCUGAUCUUGGAGCUGGACCCCACCUUUGAGCCCAUCCCCACACACUUGAAUGCCCUCAGCAUCUCAGCCAAUGGCUCUGUCUGUGCUGAUGGUGUGGCAAGUGGGCUCCGGUGUGGUGGCAGGCUGGACCCAGUGGAAGGCCCUGGCCGGAGCCCUGGCCAGCAAGGUGAUGAGUCCAUCGGGGGACGGCUCCGGAAGCUGAGUCUCGGGCAGUAUGACAAUGAUGCUGUGACCCAGGUGUCCUUCUCUAAGUGUGGAUGGGGAAAGGCUGGUGUGGACCCAGCCCCAAGUCUGGGACCAUUUUCCUCUCCUGCAGACAUCAAAGAGACAAUGAUCACUGCCUAUCCCCCUGGCCUCGAUAUGAUCGACGGCAGGAUUUCCAACAGCAAGGAUUCUGUGUGUCUGACCCCAGCGUUCCCUGUGUCUCCAGAAACACCGUAUGUGAAAACAUCCACACGCUAUCCUCCCUUUAGCCCGCCUGAGCCCCAGCUGAGCAGCCCAGCCAGUUUGCGCAAAGGAGGACGCGAACCACGAGGCUGCCCAGAGAUUAUCAGCCACACCGUGGGGAUGUCAGAGAGCCCCAUCGGACCCAAACCCACCAUGCUCCGGGCGGAUAUGCCCGCCACACCCAACUUCCAGCAGAUGUUCGCGUCCUCCUGUACAGUCUCCAGCAAUGGACCUGGCCAGAGGAGAGAGAGCCCGUCUUCUGCAGAACGCCAGUGGGUAGAGAGCAGCCCCAAGUCCACCCUAACCCUACUGGGGAACAGCCACCCUUCUGACAGUUCUCUCAGCACCCAUGACUUCUGCAGCGCUGGCAAGGACUCGCCAGGGCUGCCCUGCUUCCAGUCCUCAGAGCUCCAGGCCUCUUUCCACAGCCAUGAGCUGUCCAUGGCAGAGCCUCAGGAUGCUCUGCCCCCUGCAGGCAGCCAGGCCUUCUUAGGCUUCAGCACUGCCCAGGUAGCAAGUGGCCUUCCACCCAGCGAGGACCCUGGUGCCCUGCUGGUCAAUUCCCACGGCACAUCUCCAGUUCCUGGAACCUCUCUGCCAACGGCAGGCACUCCCGACAACGGCUUCCUGCCCCACAACUUUCUCACGGUGUCACCUGGACUCAGCAGCCAUCACAGUCCAGGCCUGCAGAACCAGGGGGUAAGCCUGCCUGGGCAGCCACCCCUCCCCGAGAAGAAGAGAGCCUCAGAGGGUGACCGUUCCUUGGGCUCAGUCUCCCCUUCCUCCAGUGGCUUCUCCAGCCCCCACAGUGGGAGCACGAUGAGCAUCCCCUUCCCGAAUGUCCUUCCAGACUUCUGCAAGCCUUCAGAAGUGGCCUCACCUUUGCCAGAUAGCCCAAAUGAUAAACUCGUGAUUGUGAAGUUUGUCCAGGACACUUCCAAGUUCUGCAGCACAGAUGGAGAGAAGACAGCAUUUUUCUUACUUCGUGUUUAUCUGCCAGCCAUCGCCAUGUUGAAGGACAAAGCUCCUGGGUCAUUCAUCGUGAGGGACAGUCACUCCUUCAGAGGGGCCUACGGCCUGGCCAUGAAGGUGGCCACACCCCCUCCUUCUGUCUUGCACCUGAACAAGAAAGCCGGAGAUUUGUCCAAUGAACUUGUCCGGCAUUUCUUGAUUGAGUGUACUCCAAAGGGCGUGCGGUUGAAAGGGUGCUCCAACGAACCUUAUUUUGGGAGCCUGACAGCUUUGGUGUGCCAGCAUUCCAUUACGCCCUUGGCUUUGCCCUGCAAGCUGCUCAUUCCAGAGAGAGAUCCCCUGGAGGAAAUAGCAGAAAACUCUCCCCAGACAGCAGCCAACUCAGCAGCCGAGUUGCUGAAGCAGGGGGCAGCCUGCAAUGUUUGGUACUUGAACUCCGUGGAAAUGGAGUCCCUUACUGGUCACCAGGCGGUCCAGAAAGCCCUGAGUAUGACCCUGGUUCAAGAGCCUCCGCCAGUGUCCACAGUGGUACACUUCAAGGUGUCGGCCCAGGGCAUCACCCUGACUGACAACCAGAGGAAGCUCUUCUUCAGGAGGCAUUACCCCGUGAGCAGUGUCAUUUUCUGUGCCUUGGACCCACAGGACAGAAAGUGGAUCAAAGAUGGCCCGUCCUCUAAAGUCUUCGGAUUUGUGGCCAGGAAGCAGGGCAGUGCUACAGACAACGUAUGCCACCUGUUUGCAGAGCAUGACCCCGAGCAGCCUGCCAGUGCCAUUGUCAACUUUGUGUCAAAGGUCAUGAUUGGCUCCCCUAAGAAGAUCUAAGUCCCUCAUAGCCAAGCCCGCCAGAUGCCUCAUGAGGCCCUCGAAAUGGCAGUGGGGUUAGGCGGGGCCCCCAUUUGUACCAGACUGAAAAUUCUCACAUUCCAGACCCAAGAGGGGAGAAUAUGGCAGCUCUUCAAACCAGGAACAAACAACAUCACUACAGAUUGGCCUUUCCUGAGAGUAACUUCUCAUCUGACACACCCAUAUAGUCAGGCGCAUUUUGAAUGGAAGGAUCUUGGGCCAGGAAAUGGUUCCCCAGUGUCCCUCGGGCAAGGGGUAUACAAGGAGAGAAUACAUAAGACAAGGCGGCCUCGAGUCCCUGGCUCACUGGCAUCUGUGUGGAUGAGGAGCACCCAGCCUGCGUGGCAGGGGCUGAGUAACCAUGGUGCCCACUUCUCGGCAGAUGCACUCUGUCCAGCGACUCCCUCAUCUUGUCUUUCUGCGGCAGAUGAUGAUGAAGCUGAGGAGGGCAUGCAUGGUUGGGGAAGGUGCGUGCAGGUUGGACCGUGGUGGGAAUCUAAGUUAGGAACAGUGGAAAGGCUGUGAAUUGAGAGCAGCGGCAACCUCUGGUGUUGGGGAGGAGCAUGCAAUGCCAGAGACACUCCAUGAUCCUGCUCGCAAGGUGGCCAGCCGGGCUGUGGAGAGCCUAGAGGACCUUGAGAGGAAAGCGAGAAGCCGGAAUCAAAACCGCCAUUGUGUGUAAUUUAUAUUUUACUCAUGCCAAAUUAUUUAUAACCACUUGCCAUUGCCGUACGGUACCCGUGUCAAAUGCUGCAGCCGACUAAGCUGUCCCUUUGUAGACACACCAGAGACGACUGUCUCCUCAAGGAGCGGGUGAGCAGUGGUCCCAGGGCGACAGCGCCCGGUUCUUCUUCCGCAGAACUGCCCAACAGUUUUGCCUCAAGCAGCCCACCCUCUGUUUGCAUACCGAUUUGUCUUGCCCAGAUGUGGAUGAUUUCUUUCCUGAAGGGAAUGUCCAAGAGGAAUGGGACACUAAGACACCAGGGUCAUUCUCCGUCUCCUCCGCAAGACUGGCCGGGCCGUCUCCAGGCCUGCGCGAUCUAAAGCGUGUGCAUUUCUAAGCUGUUACCGUGAUUGUCCUCGUGGCUCCUGCAGCUUCUGUGGGGACCUUUGUGGAUGUCAGGAGGGAGAGAAGGGGGAUGAAGAGAAAUUCUAACUCUCCCAGGCUAGCUUUGAUUCGCUGGGUCAUCUUAGCCACUGAGUCAUCAGCUUGUGCUAAGAUUGGCGGCCUAGAGUUGCAGGCUUCCUGACUGCUCCUCCCAGCGGUCAGAGAUGAGCUUGACACUUCCCAGAGUGGAGGGCAGCAGAGCUAAGUGGAGGCAAAGCCAGGAUCUCCUUCUUGCUGAACUCUACACCCCAGGAAGGCUCUGAUCGUCCCCAUUCCAGCCUGAAAGUCUCACUCUGUGAUUUCUAAAAUCCUCUGCCUGAUUGCGCAUCUGGUGGCUGGGAUGGGCCACUGCUGUCAGGCUUGGGUUUGGAAAUCUACGUAGUGGAUUCUCUGUUUUAAAAGGAGCAGAGAUGUAGCUACAUGUAGAAUUGAAAUCAACUCUGUCAGUGUGUUUUGUGUGUGUGUGUGUGUAUGGUGUGUGUGUGUGUGUGUGUGCACAGAUGGACCAUUCCACUUUUAACUCCUGUGUGUGUCUGUGCGUGUAUACAGGUGGACUAUUCCACUUUUAGCUCCUGUGUGUGUCUGUGUGUGUAUACAGGUGGACCGUUCCACUUUUUAGCUCCUAUUGAUGGGCCAAAAGCAAGUGCCUCGUUUCUGUGCCAAAUAUUUGCCUUGGUCUUUGCGGACCUCCUUCGUGGACACACUUGGAUUCAGUGCCUGAUUGGGGGAAUGCGCCUUCAUUUCCUAGAGGCCCUAUGUCUUCCACAGAGGCUUCUAGUGUUUCAGUUACUCAUAUGCAGCUAAAAAUCCAGAUUGGGAUAUGGGUGGGGGUGGGGGGCUGAAGUUUGUGCUCUGGCCAAGAAGUGCCAUGCCCUGUGGUGGUUUAUAUACAAAUGUGACCCAAAGACCAUAGGCCAGGUUCCUUCUGAUGGAGGGGGGAGAGGGCUUAGUUAGAAAUCAGCAGGCCAGAGCUGAAGCAAGCCUAAUUAAUGGGAGGUGUCAGGGCUUCCCACAGUGCUCAGCAUGGAAUGCAUCCAAGAAGCCUUAUAAAUGUGCUUUGGAAACUGACUGGCCAGGUGUGACCUUUACUCACGUUAAAAGUGGUCAAGGGUACCAUGGAAUUUGCUCUAAGGAACCGCAGGAAGACAGCUUCACAAGCUGAUAGGCCUUGGUUCUGUCUUCUGCGUGUAGCGUGUAUAUUGAACAGAAUAAGAUGAGACGCAACACCAUAGACUACACUGUGUGCUCAGAAACACUGGGAAAGGGUAUUGUUCAGGCGUCAGUUGGGCAUGAAUUAAUACACUAUUCUGGGAGUAAAUUCAGUGAUGCCCCACCACUUUUAAUAGAUAGCCAGGGUCCCGUUAACCUUCUCAUUAAUGGUCUUAUAGUCUCCAGUGUUGGGCUGUACCCAUGUUAGAAGCCACACUGCAUUUAUCCUCAGUGUCAAAGACAUUGUAAUGUUGCCUUAUCUGUUAGCGCAGUCUUCACCAUUCUAUAUUGUAAAGAAUAUAUAUCCAGUAUGUAAAUGAGUGUUCUAUAAACCUUUUGUAUAGGCGUUUUCUCUGCUCUUUAAAUAUCAGCCUUAUUCAGAGUAUAAUAAAAAUUAUGACCUUGGUAAGCCUAA